AUGCGGGUGCGCGACUGCAUGCGCCGCUGCGCCAUAGUACCGCAACCCGCCGUUCGUCAUUGUCUCGGCGCCACAGUCUAUCUCUCCGUAUGUACGGAGCCGGCUGAAGCUGAUCGUUCAGCACGUACUUCCCUUCCUUUCCUUUUUAACGUGUACUGCCUGCUAUUUCGACACACUUCUUAUACAAUGGUACUUGCAGAUACAAAUUUGGCAAAUCUUCUUCGUGAGCAGCAACAACAACAAGAACGACAACAAGAACAACAACGAUGUCAGCGAAAAUAUUAUUACGAAGGUAAUAGAGAAUUUCCAUUAGAAGGGGAGAAUCAGCAAUAUAAGUCUACGACAAAUGGGAAUCCAGAAGAAAUAUGUGUGACGAAUUUAGUGGAUGGAGAGAGCUUAUGUUAUAGCUUAGCUCUAAUACGAGGUCGUGCACCAAUAGCGUGUAACUUCAUCACUGUACGAAAUCAAGAAAAUCAAAGUUCCGAAUGGCCAAUCGUGUCCGGUGAAUUUCGUGCGAUAGUAGAACUAACACGAGGUCCAAAUAAGUUGGAAUUCGAAACAGCAGGUCAAAGAAAAGGACUUGUUUUAAUUCACGAACCAAGGACAACAAGACUACGCGUAACUCCCGUCUAUGUGAUUUGCUCUGGGCACGAUGGAUAUUUCCAAGGUCCACGAGGAGAAGAUCGGUCGCCGGAAAGCGCUGCGACAAGAAUAGGUCUUGGUGCCCGACUUUUACAAACUCUCACCGCCGAAAAGUUAAGGGAGGCAGGUUACGGAAGGAAAACGUUUCAACUGGAACGAGACUUGGAUGGUGCAGAGUGUUUGGUUAUGCACAGCAUGCUUGAUGUCGAUCGAGCACGUGCGAUGAAUCAACGGGAACUUUGGGAAUUAAUCGCACGUGAAUUAAUGACCGGUCCUUUGGCAUCGAAAGAUCGCAAGUAUCUUGCGUUUCUUUCGUGUACCAGAUAUCGAGGGGCACCAAAUCCACGCACUCACGAAGACACUCUUGCGAGAACUCAAGGACAUGCCGCGCUCGGUGGCGGUGGAUUAGCGUUAUUUGGUUCAGCUUGCCUUCAUACAUGGCCCACCUGUAUGGCUCAAAUAUUGUCUAGAUUUCUUGACGCCACAAUCAUCGAUACGGAACAAUUAAUGGAUGAUAGUAAUUAUCGCGGCACACAUGGUGGCUGUUUCGCCACAACUCUUGGUGCGGUUCUCCAUGAAUUAGGGCACACUUUCGAUCUUGGCCAUACCCGUGAAGGCAUAAUGGGCCGCGGAUUCGAUUACGUUGAUCGUGUAUUUGUCGGAGCAGCUGGAAUCGAUUUCAAUCGCAACCCCGUACUACGAAGAGAUCCUCAACAUACAACGAUCGCAUUAAGUAGGCCACUCAGCGUGACGGUCACAAUACAAGAACCGUAUGCUCUAUUAGCAAGCCCUCGAAGAAAUCGUCUGCUUUCCGAAUCGUCCCGCCCUUCGUCUUCUCAAAAUCCUUCACGAUUACUCGGCAGGCUAUCCGCACCCGCUAGUCCAGAACUCAACAGAUCCUUUUCCAAGAGUCUCUUACAAACUCAACCUGCAUUGGAACAAACCCCUAAUUCACAAACCGAUCGAACAUUUUGGUCGCCGUCUUGCGCAGCAUUUCUCGCCUAUCAUCGAUGGUUCAACAGCGAGAUGGACAACGUUUUUACUCGACCUUUCCACGACAUCGAAUAUGAUGGGAAAAGGAAUGUCAUAAGAUCGCGUUUUGGAGUACGAGUAAUAGAACUUAGAGAAACAUCUGGUGGAAUGGUGGUUGGUUCUCGACAGUUUCCAGGCUCUCGGCCACCUUUGGAGACGUUAGUUCCACUAGCUCCACCACAUAUUAUUGCCGCAUUGACUCUCGUUGCUGAAGAUUCGACUGGCAAUAUUCUUAAAUAUCCUCUUCCAACGGCAUUUUGAAGUUUGCAACAUUAUAUUGAUACGCUUUAUUACAAAUUUUAUAUUUUAAUAGACAAUACAACCAAUUCAAAUUGCCAAUAAGUCAUAUGUUGUUUUCUAAUUUUCUUAGAAUCGAUAAGCACGAUUUAAUAUAAUUAAUGAUAAUGCUUGGUCGCUAAAAAUAAUUUGAACAAAAUUCAAUCUCAAUAUAUAUUUGCUUUUUAAUUAUUAUCGAUGUUUGUCUGAAAUAUGCUUAUCUAAAACGCUAUAUGUUACAAAACAUAUUUUUUCCAUUAUGAAUAAUUUUUAUGAUCACUACAAUAGUAAAGCUUUUUUAAUCAAAAUUAAAAAAUCUUAUACUCUAUGAUAAAUUUCUAAAAUGAUAAGAUAACGAUAAAAUGUUAAGAGUAAGUAAGUGAAUGUAUGUGUGUGAGAGAGAAAGAAAGAGAGAUGUAUAUGCUUGUAUUUAAAUGAGAGAAGAAAAAAUAAAAAUUUCAUACAUU